AUGUUCAGUAUGAUCAUGUCGACUGCAUCACUGCCUUCAUUGCCUUCACCUCCAGCAUCGGGACCAACAGGAGCAAGACCUCUAGGGACGCCUGAGGCCAGCGACUCCAAUUCCACAGUUACAUACACUCACUACACCGGCGAUGGCAGUGUGGCUGCAGGCUGGCCAGACCAGAAAGAGUGGAUCGACUACGACACAAUGUGGACCCAAAACAAAGCAGCCUUCAUCGACAAGCAGAACAACACCCCCGAAGACAACGAUAACCUGCAAGCCGCCAUCGAGGGAGUCUCAACCAAGUACGACGUCGACAAGCGGCUCAUCCUCGCCGUCGUGAUUCAAGAAUCAAACGGCAAUGUCCGCGUCAAGACGACUCAGUUCGCACAAGGAAGCAAUCCAGGUCUCAUGCAGACUCACAACGGACUCGGAAGCUGCGCGGGUCUCACGAUUUGCCCGGACGAGAUGAUUGUCACGAUGAUCGAGGAAGGUUCGGCAACGGGAUCGGACGGCGUGAAUUUAAAAGACCUUAUGGAUGGGUGUGGUGCUUCGGAUGUGACCAAGUACUACAAAGCGGCGCGGAAGUACAACUCUGGUGUGAACAGUAUCGGACCUGAUGGGGACUUGUCUGCACCGGGCGCGACGGCUAGCUAUGCGUCUGAUAUCGCGAAUAGAUUGAUGGGGUAUGUUGGUGGACAGGGAGGACAAUAG